AUGCCAUCUACAGCGCCAGACAGGACGUCGCAAGCCGGUGGCGAGCCCAAGAAUCUCGUCACACCCCGCUUCCGCCUCGUUCUCAUCUGGAUCCUUUUCUCAGCCGCCAACUACGGCUACGGCAUCUCAGAGCUCAACGCUCUCCAACCCGUCCUCACAUGUCGUAGUCGCAAUCCCGCCAUUCUCACGGCGCAAUCGCCAAUCACAACCGGCUGCAUACCACUUACAGAGAGCCAAUUCGGCCUUGCGACUUCUCUGUUCACUCUUGGGGGUCUCUUCUCGUCCUUCCUCAUCUCGCCUAUCUCCAAGACUCUCUCGUGGGGUCGAAAGACGUGUAUCACCUCCUCAGCUAUCGCUGGAAUCUUAGGGGGCUUAAUACUCUCCUCGUCCAGCACACUCUUCGGUCUUGGCGCUGGAAGAUUCAUACAAGGUGUCGGUUCGGGUGUUGGAGUAGUGAUGGUCCCCAUCUUUCUGAAUGAGAUCUCACCGGUCAGCUUGAAGGGCAGUAUCGGUGUACUGAAUCAGUUCAGUAUCGUGUUGGGUAUCUUUUUGGCGCAGGCUAUCGGGGCAAGUAAGUUGGGUGAGGAUGGGACGUGGUGGAGAGCUGUACCUGCUGUUUCAGGGGUCUUGUCUGUGUUGCAAUUCGUUGGAUCGUAUACGUGGGGCUUAGAGUCGCCGGGAUGGUUGGAAGGCGAAGCGAGGUCCGCAUUAGGCUCGACUGGCAUAGCUGCGAAAGAUGCGGCAGACAAAGUGCGCGCUCAUCUAUGGUCAGCGAAAGAGCUGCAAAGUUGGAAGGAAACCAGGCGAUCCACCGUCUCCCGCAGCUCAGGAUCAGACGAAGAGCGACAAGGGCUUCUCUCAGAAACCGAAGCCGAUACCGACGGUGCGGAAACCAGCUCAAACGUCCGCACCCAAACCACUCUCCCCCAACUUUUCACCGACCCCGAAGUUCGAGCAGGCACAAUCCUCGUCAUCCUCACUCAACUAGGUCAACAAUUAUCUGGCAUCAACGCAGUCCUCUACUACUCUGUUGGCAUUCUCGGCUCCAUCCUCCCCUCCCUAGCUGGAUCAAUUGCAAUUCUUAUCACAGUCAUCAACAUCCUCAUGACUUUCCCGCCCAUCUAUCUCAUCGAUGAACACCGCGUCGGGCGCAAAAACCUCAUGGUUGGGUCCGCACUCACCAUGGCUGCAGCCUCUGCUUUCCUGGGAGCGGGCAUCGUGUGGGGGUAUAAAGUGCUCAGUGCGAUUUGCAUGGUAUUGAUGGUAGCAGGCUUCAGUUUCGGUUUGGGUCCGAUACCAUUUGUGAUCUUGCCUGAAAUCGUACCUUCUAGAGCAGUAUCAACAGCAACUUCACUCGGACUCACUCUGAACUGGACAGCAAACUUCAUCGUGGGCUCAGCUUUCCUUCCCAUCAAGAACUACCUCGCGGGCUACGACAGCAACCAUACCGGCGGCGCAGUAUUCUGGAUCUUUGCCGCGAGCAAUCUCGUCACGGCCAUUAUCGUGGCUAAGAUGUACGACUAUAAGUCCGAAUAA